GUUUUGGUUCCCACCUCCACUGUGCUUCUUCUUCUCCUUUAUCAUUCUCUCUUAUCUCUUCGUCACUCGGUACUGCUACUACUCAAAACUCUCUCUUCUUUGUUCCACCGUAUCUUUCCUAUCCGUACAACUAUUCUUUGUUGGGUUUAUUGCUCUCUGCCUCUGGGCUUACCCAUUUUCUCCUUUUUAGCGUGUAACUUUCUUUGAAAUUUCUCGUCCUUUAAUAACUUUUUUUUCCCCCUUAUAAGUUAGUAUUCAAUUCAAUAAUGCUAGAUUUCUCUCCGUUUCAAGCUUCUCUUUAACGUCUGCUCUCUUCAUCAGCUUUCUUUUUAGCCAUCUUUAUUCUCCUCGUGUCUUGCCUCAAAGGAAUCUCUCACUCCUUUUUUCCACUCUAUUUCUGUGUUUCACGCCUUCUCCCCCGCACGCUCACUUCACUUUCAAUGCGAAUCUGAAAAAUCAUCCAUGGAUCAAAGUAUUAUCCCUUCAAUCAAAUACUCUGAACACCUUAACCACACCAAACUUCUCACUGCUUCCUCAACAACAUCACCGCCAGAAAUGAAGCCCCGAGUUGUACGGAUUUCAGUCACUGAUGGUGACGCCACUGACUCCUCUAGUGACGAAGAGUGCGAACUUUACACGCGACCUCGGGUCAAGAAGUUUGUCAACGAGAUUACAAUAGAGUCUUGUUCCAACGAAAACGAUGCCGUUUGGAGAAGUAAGUCAAGGAUUGCAAGAAAAAAAUCAUCUGGAAAAGUUGGAGUUCAGGCGAAUCUUAAGCCGGCGGCGAAGCAACUGGUUGGUAAGAAGUUUAGAGGUGUACGACAGAGACCUUGGGGAAAAUGGGCGGCUGAGAUUAGAGAUCCUCUGCGACGUGUACGGUUGUGGUUAGGUACUUAUGAUACUGCCGAGGAGGCAGCCAUGGUUUAUGACAACGCGGCCAUUCAGCUACGUGGACCUGAUGCCCUUACCAACUUCACUACUCCUCCGACGAAAUUUCCGCCACAAAAUAAGCAGGCAGUUAGCUCCGGCUAUAACUCCGGUGAAGAGUCUCACAACAACAUUAACAAUCUUGACUCUCCUGUCUCAGUCCUCCGUUGUCCCUCUCCUUCCAACGAAGAAGCCGAGUCGCAAACGAGCAAAGAAACACGAGAUGUCGCGAGUGAAGCACGAGAUAUGCGAGAAGAAUCGUGUGUGUCGGAAAGUUUCUCCGAGUUCUCAGAUUAUUCAACGUUCGAUACGUUGUUCAGUAACGAUGUUUUCGAUUUUAAUAGCUCCGUGCCUGAUUUAUUUGACGAGGACAGUGUAAAAGCUGGGAUUUACAAGUUUGAUUUCGAUGAUAUGUUUUUGGACUCGGAUCCGGAUUUCGGGUUCGGACUUCCGAGUUGGCGUGCGGAUGACCAUUUUCAAGAUAUCGGUGACUUAUUCGCGUCGGAUCCUCUUAUUGCUGCUAUCUAAAGUUCUGUGUAAAACCAAGUCUGGCCAUCGUGAAUGCCGGUUUUUCGGCAAGUUUUGUUGUCGGCGGGAAUGAAAAUAUCGGAUGUCUUUUUGUUUUUCGUUUUUUUUUUUUUUCAAUUUUGUUUUGUAUUUUGUUAUUUUAUAAAAUAUUACUGUGGACUCCGUCAAAGUAACGGUGACGGACGAGUUUGGCUAA